UUAAAUAACGUCACUAAGAAAUAUGGGAAAGAAAUUCUGUUAUUUAUAUUUAUCUGUUAUUACCGUUUGUUUAACAACCGAUUAAUCUGCCUGUUUUUCACAGAGGAAUUCCCAGAAGAUACAAAGAUUGUCUUAGAAUGCUUCCACAGUUCAACAGAUGCUUUAUUUCUCUGAUUACAGUUCGGUUAAAGCUGGUAGCUUCAGAUGUACUAAAGUCAACAUCAAGAACAAUGAACGAGCUGAUCCUUUUUGGUUUGCUGACAGCUUACCUGGUUGCCCUGACCGAAACGUCAAGCUCAGGUCCGAACCAGCAAGUUGGAUUGGAUGUCCAGAAGUUCGGGCACCGCAAGCACAUCAAAGUCUCGGUCGGGAAGCAGUGGGAGGAGAGGGAGGGCCAGUGGUCCGCUGGGUUCUACGUGAAGCACAGCAAAAAUAUGCCUCCAGACCAACCCAUCAUCAGGGACAACCAGGCCGGCGUCGAACUCAAGGGUCAUUUUAAGGGUUAAUGAGGCUGAUUUUUUUCUUUCAAUUUAUAACUAGAAGAAAUAAAUACUUGUAGUAUUAUACAUAAAGAUUUCAUUUAACAAUACUUGUCUGAUUUGCAGGGUGUUUAGUAUAAUUUUAUUGAGUUAUACAGGACCCUUGACACAUUUUACAAUAAAAUCCUGAAUAAUGUCUAAACUCCUCCUUCUGCCUAGGAAUUCCUCAUUUGAGUCUGAAAGGAAAUCAACAAAAUAGACCUAAAUGUUUUAGACCAGUGAAUAGUUUAAAAAAUGUGUACAAAAUCAUAACAUCGAUUAUUGGUAAGCAAAUAAAACAUCAUACAACCGAAAACAGGAUCAUGGCAUAUGAACGAUUUGGAUGUAAAGUUAUUUCUAAAGGAUAUUCCAGAUUAAGGACAAGGAAAAGCUAAAAUAAACUGAGUACCCCCACAUAUACUGUUUCAGUAAGG